AGAACCACCAGCUCCCCGCCGGGUCCAGCGGACACCUCGAAGCAAGAGAGCAACAUGGCAGCUCCAGCUAAGGGCGAGAACCUGUCCCUGGUGGUGCACGGACCUGGAGACAUCCGCCUGGAGAACUACCCAAUACCUGAGCUCGGCCCAAAUGAUGUGUUACUAAAGAUGCACUCGGUGGGGAUUUGCGGCUCAGAUGUUCACUACUGGGAGCAUGGACGAAUUGGGGACUUUGUUGUGAAAAAGCCAAUGGUGCUUGGGCAUGAGGCUGCUGGAACAGUCACAAAAGUAGGAGAGUUGGUGAAACAUCUGAAACCAGGAGAUCGGGUUGCCAUCGAGCCUGGCGUUCCCCGAGAAGUAGAUGAGUACUGCAAGAUUGGCCGGUACAACCUGACGCCGACUAUCUUCUUCUGUGCCACGCCCCCGGAUGAUGGAAACCUCUGCCGAUUCUACAAGCACAAUGCUGACUUCUGCUACAAGCUUCCUGACAGUGUCACUUUUGAAGAAGGGGCCCUGAUUGAACCUCUCUCUGUGGGGAUCUAUGCCUGCCGUCGAGGUUCAGUUUCCCUGGGGAACAAGGUCCUUGUGUGUGGCGCUGGGCCAGUUGGGAUGGUCACUUUGCUUGUGGCCAAAGCAAUGGGAGCUGCUCAAGUUGUGGUGACUGACCUAUCCGCUUCUCGGUUGACCAAAGCCAAGGAAGUUGGAGCAGACUUUACCAUCCAGGUUGGCAAAGAGACCCCUCAGGAAAUUGCCAGUAAGGUGGAAAGCCUGCUGGGAAGCAAGCCGGAGGUUACCAUUGAGUGCACAGGAGCCGAGUCCUCCGUCCAGACGGGCAUCUAUGCCACUCACUCUGGUGGGACCUUGGUGAUUGUGGGAAUGGGCGCCGAGAUGGUCAAUUUACCCCUGGUGCACGCAGCCAUUCGGGAAGUGGAUAUCAAAGGCGUGUUUCGAUACUGCAACACGUGGCCGAUGGCAAUUUCCAUGCUUGCAUCGAAGACGUUGAAUGUAAAGCCCUUAGUUACCCACAGAUUCCCCCUGGAGAAGGCAGUUGAAGCCUUUGAAACAGCCAAAAAGGGAGUGGGGCUGAAAGUUAUGAUCAAGUGUGACCCCAAUGACCAAAACCCCUAGAUGUGAAUUGAUCUAUGCCCUCAGCCCACUCUCUCAGCAUCCGAGAGCUAAAUGGCUAGAAGGGGAGGCCGUAAAUGCAGAACUUUCUUUUGAAUGGUAAAAAUAAUAAACUCAUAAGCGGAGAGCCUAAGAGGAGUGGGCAUGCCUUAAGGACAGAAGUAGGGACACCUUGAGGGACCUUGUAGCCAGAAUGAGAUGCUUAUACUAAGGAAAGUCUAGCACAGAGAGUCUGGCAGAUAGGUCCUGGGAACGCCUUUUCUCUAGUACCUUCCUUGGGUGAGGAGACACGCAUGCCUUUGUGUGUUCUACUGUGAUUGCCAGAGAGUGGGGCUGACUUAUGAAGAAAUGGAUUCAUUAACAUGGAAGUGGCCCCAGGGCUGAACUUUUGGUCAGCUGUUCAGAGCACAAUGUUUCUCUAGUUAAGUGUCAUUUAUUUGAGGAGAAUAAAAGGAACUUGUCUGGACCCAGACAAGGAACUGAUCUGGAAGAAUAAGAUAAAUCCCAGAUGAGGUACCCUAGCUUACAUUCCCCAGAUGUGGAAAGUAUAAGGGCACUCGGCUCUGCCCAAAGACUACCUCUGUCUCAGCUACUAAGAAUUCUGUCCUUACAUUUGCAAAGUGGAGGCCCACCUUCCCAACACUGCUCAUUCAUGAGCAGGAGCAGUAUUGGUUGCUAGGCAACCAGAUUUUUUUUUUCCCAACCAAAGAUCUUAAAUCCUGCCUAGAGGGCCACAGGAGGGCUUGCCCCACUCAGAGGAUUAGACUCCUCUCCCAGAGUCACUCACAGGCAAUUAUUUCCCAUUCCACUCAGUUCUGGCUACCAGAAGAUGCUCCCCUCUCAGCUGGGUGAGGCUGCUGAUAUCUGUCGGAUGGGUAUCACAGCGUAAUUUCAUCAUAGGGCUUUUCUUUAUAAGAUUUGGGUCCAAAUCACACCCUUUGUGAUCUUAAGAUAAUCAAGAAAUGCACAGUAACUGAUGUAACUUGGGCUGCAGUCUGUAAUCCACCUCUUCAGCUAUAAGUAGGGGACAUGUUAAAAAAAAAAAAAAAAAAAAAAAGACUCUGCUGGAGAAGAUCAUGGCCCAGACCUGAGCUUUCUCAAACUGCUUCGCAUAAUAAACUGUUGAUGGUGUCC